GGCAACUUUUUAGUUUAGUUUAUUUACUGAGGCACCGUUCUCAUUUGUGAACCCUAAGAAAACCAAAAAUCGUCAGAAGCUUAGCUAGUAUACAAACAAGCCAAACCCAGAUGGCUCUGAAGGGUGUACGUGUUGUGGAGAUGGCUGGACUGGCUCCUGCUCCCUUCUGUGGUAUGAUCCUUGCAGAUUUUGGCGCAACCGUCACACGUAUAGACAGGACACCUUCAAAGGGUCAGAAGUCAGUUUACAGUAUGGACACGCUAUCCCGGGGCAAACAGUCCCUUGCUGUGGACCUGAAGAGACAGGAAGGGGUCAGCAUCAUAAGAAGACUAUGCUCUAGAGCUGAUGUCCUUAUUGAGCCAUUCAGACCAGGUGUUAUGGAGAAACUUGGUCUAGGGCCACAGACCCUGAUGUCGGACAACCCUCGACUGGUGUAUGCAAGACUAACAGGCCACGGGCAGAAAGGGAGCCUUGCAGACAAGGCCGGACAUGACAUCAACUAUAUUGCUAUAGCUGGUGUCCUAUCACAGCUGGGUCGCAAACAUGAGAAGCCCUACCCGCCAAUCAACCUGGUGGCAGACUUUGCCGGGGGCGGCCUCACCUGCGCCCUAGGGAUCACCAUGGCAUUGCUGGAGAGACAGGGGUCGGGAAAGGGGCAGGUCAUAGAUGCAAAUAUGGUGAACGGGUCUGCAUAUCUUUCCACAUUUCUCUGGACCUCCCGCUCUCUUCCCAUCUGGCCCGGAGGUCGGGGAGAGAACAACCUGGACGGUGGGGCACCGUACUAUGACACCUACAAAACCAAGGACGACAAGUACAUGUCCGUGGGAUCCCUUGAACCCCAGUUCUACGCACAAUUGCUUCAUGGGCUGGGACUAACUGAUGACGAACUCCCACAACAUACUGACUGGAAUGAAAUGCAGAAAAAGCUGACAGCAAUUUUCCUAACCAAAACCAGAGACGAAUGGACUCAAAUCUUUGACAAUCUGGACGCCUGUGUUGAGCCAGUCCUUGAACGAGAUGAAGCCCAAAUCCACCCUCACAAUCAGGAGCUUGGAGUGUUCAUGAGCAACACUGAGGGUGAUGUGGAGCCCAGUCCUGCACCCAUACUGUCAAGGACACCUGCAGUAACUACGUUACCACGGAGACCUGCAGUGGGUGAGCAUACAGAGUUGGUGCUCAAGGAGUGUGGACUAUAUGAGGAAGAAAUUAGUAAACUUGUAGAGGCCAAUAUUGUGUUCCAAAAUCAGGAGUCCAAGUCCAAACUGUAGAAGCUUUGUAUUAGAAUUAUAAAUGUGACUGCCAUUCUUUUAUAUGGAAUUGUUUGUAUUUGCUAUAUGCACCAAAUGGAAAGUGUGAAAUGGAAUAGUAUUUUUAAGAUUACUCAGCUAAAGUAAUAUGUAUAUGUGAUGAUUUAAAACUUUUCAUGAUAUAUUUAACAACACUAUGGAAAAUUGGCAAAACAUAUAGUCAUUGUAAUAAAUAUAUUAAUUUAUAUAUUAAAAUGAGUUUAAAUAAUUAUUAUCAAGACAUAAAACAUAUGCUUAAGUUACAUUUUCUUGUAUGGAAACAUAAAUGCGUUUAGAUUAAUGCAUACACAUUUGUUUGAACAGAACUUGCUUGCCAAAUAAUACAUGUGCAAUAAAGUGGAAUGUAUACUUCA